GAAUUAUUAGGGAGGGGAUACAUGGGGCGAUAGCCCUGGCUGUAUAUAAAGGCUACCCUGGGUGCAGACGAGAUCAGACACUAUUAAGGCUGGCAUAAUUCCCAUUCUCAUACCAGGAUGAAGCGUCUCAUUCUUCUGUUGGCUUGUGCAUCCGUGGUAUGGACCCAGUCAUGUGAUCCUCAGCCUGGAGCUGUAAACUUGGCACCAUCUGGUGUUGCAAGUCAAAGUUCUGUAUUUCCACUAAAUCCACCACCAGAUGCCAGUACAGCCAUUGAUGGCAAUUUUGAAACAAAUUACUAUAAGCACCCCUGUGCUCACACACAAGGUGAUAGGGACCCCUGGUGGAAGCUGGACCUGGGAAAGAGUGUAAACAUUGAUUCAGUCUUCAUAACGAACCGUCAAGAUUGCUGCCAAGAACGUCUAAAAGGAGCCCAAGUUAAAGUUGGAAAUUCUCCUGAUGGCAACAACCCAGUAUGUGCCACCAUCAAUGAUGUGUCAAAAGUAAAGAUCCCAGUUUGCUGCAAUGGAUUGGAGGGUCGAUACGUCACUGUGACCAUCCCUGGCCGUUCAGAGUAUCUAACACUGUGCGAAGUGGAGGUUUAUGGGAGGGAAAAUAAAAAGCAGGAGCCUUCGGUGUGCUGGUAGUGAUAUCUGGUCCCUCCUACUGCGUCAUGUCGUUAUAGGACACACAUGCAUCAAUGAAAGUGGUCCAGAAAAUAUGGAAUGUUUAUUUUUCACAUUAAAGGUCAUGCAAAUUCUGUAGUUUAA